AUGUAUUUGCUUUUCACUACCCUAACGGUCCUUGCGGCCAUUGUUAGCUUCUCGACCUCCCAAGCCCAAAUCACCGCGGCUCCUUCUAUCCCCACCGUCUCUGGCUGCCCUGCCGUCCUAUCUAUUACUGACAUCUGCUCAACAUGUAUGACUCUGGCUUGCAUCACCACAGCAGAAGUAACAGUAGGAUGCUCCGGAUGCCCAGAGAUCCCAGCGACGGUUUUCAGCGGGUACCCAUGCGAAGGGGGGUGUGAUCAGUUGGGUGGAUGCAAGACGCUGUAUCAGGUGGUGACUGCCCAGGCAGAUCAAUGUGAGUCUGGACCACUGGUACCGCUGCCGUCGAUAACGGACGGAGGGGAGAGCGCCAUCACUGGUGGUGAGGAUGCUACGACAGGCGACGCAAGUGGCACCCAGACAGUCACCGAGACAGGUGAAGGAGUUGGGUCUACGGGGACGCCUACUACAACGGGUACAGUGACAAUCAGCACCAGUGGUGGGAGAAGGUUGUCGCCCUUUAGGCUGUGGUAG